AUGGAUUCCUCAAAAAAAGGAAGUGUGAUCAGCGUCUGUUCCCAGAAGAAACGGGGGGAGAAGAGAGCAAUCCCAGAGGAACAAAAGGAUGAGAGGUACUACGAGAGACGUAAACGCAACAACCAGGCGGCUAAGAAAUCGAGAGACGCACGCCGCAUUCGAGAGGACCAGAUUGCAAUGCGAGCAAUGCACCUGGAACAUGAAAACGCUAUGUUAACUGCCCAGAACAUCACACUAAGGGAAGAGAUACAGACCCUACGCCAGCUGAUUCUAAAGUGCAACAAAAGUUCACAAAGUAACUAACUAAUUAUAAUCUAUACUGGCUUUGUUAGUUUAUUGUUCUGAAAUUUAUUGGAUGUUAUGUUAAUAAACCAUUUUAAUUUAA